AGUUCUCUCCUUUCCUUCAGGGCUUAUCAUGGCUUCCAGCAACACUGUGUUGAUGCGGCUGGUGGCCUCAGCGUAUUCUAUCGCCCAGAAGGCAGGAACCAUAGUCCGGUGUGUCAUUGCUGAAGGAGACCUGGGAAUUGUGCAGAAGACCUCAGCCACAGACCUGCAGACCAAGGCAGACCGCUUGGUGCAGAUGAGUAUAUGCUCUUCCCUGGCACGGAAAUUCCCCAAGCUGACAAUUAUAGGGGAGGAGGAUCUGCCUCCUGGGGAAGUGGAUCAAGAGCUGAUUGAAGACGGCCAAUGGGAAGAGAUCCUGAGGCAACCUUGCCCAUCGCAGUACAGUGCUAUUAAGGAGGAAGAUCUUGUGGUUUGGGUUGACCCCUUAGAUGGCACCAAGGAAUACACUGAAGGUCUUCUUGACAAUGUAACAGUUCUCAUUGGGAUUGCUUAUGAAGGAAAGGCCAUCGCAGGCAUCAUCAACCAGCCGUAUUACAAUUACCAGAACAAUGAGAAGGAGAAGUUAAGGGAGCACAGGAACGAAGCAAAGGCAGGACCUGAUGCUGUGCUGGGCAGGACCAUCUGGGGAGUUCUGGGCUUGGGUGCCUUUGGGUUUCAGCUGAAAGAGGCGCCUGCUGGGAAGCACAUUAUCACAACUACCAGAUCCCACAGCAACAAGCUGGUCACAGACUGUGUUACGGCCAUGAACCCUGACAAUGUGCUGCGAGUCGGGGGAGCAGGAAACAAGAUCAUCCAGCUGAUCGAAGGCAAAGCCUCUGCGUAUGUAUUUGCGAGUCCUGGAUGUAAGAAAUGGGAUACUUGUGCCCCAGAAGUGAUCUUACAUGCUGUGGGAGGGAAGCUGACAGACAUCCACGGGAACGCACUCCAGUACAACAAGGAGGUCAAACACAUGAAUUCGGCAGGCGUCCUGGCCGCACUCAGGAACUACGAGUACUACGCCAGCCGAGUGCCGGAGUCCGUCAAAAGCGCGCUCAUCCCCUGA